CCACCAUGAAGGAAGUGAAGAAAGAUCACAUCUUAAUAUUCCCAUUCAUGGCACAAGGCCAUACCAUCCCACUCCUCCACCUUGCCACCUUCCUCUCAACCCACCACCACCUUCAAAUCACAAUCAUCACCACCUCCGGCAACGCUCCUUUUCUCCGGCAAUACCUCCCAUCUUCAAUCAACCUCUCCAUCUUCCCAUUCCCUUCUUCUCCUCUCCUCCCCAUCGGCGUUGAGUCCACUGAUCACCUCUCUUCUAUGGACCUACACCCAAUCUUUGUAACCACCAUUGCUCAUCUCCGACCACACUUGCACCAACUCCUCCACUCCCUCCACCUCUCCAAUUCCCUCCCACUCUGCCUCAUCUCCGACUUCUUCCUCCCUUGGACUCUCGACGUCUGCCGUCUCUUCUCCGUCCCACGUCUCGUCUUUCACGGCAUGUCCACCUUCUCUAUGUUCAUCUGCAAAUCCAUCUACACCCACCUAAAGCCUUCCUCCUUCACCUCCUCCGAUGAGCUCUACCAUGUCCCCGGUGGUCCUCCUUCUCUUCUCCUCUCUCGCCACCAAGUCCCAGACAUCUUUCUCAACUCCGGUGACCCUAAUGACCCUACAACUAUCAUCCUCGCCGAACACAACACAAGUGACAUCAACAGCUGGGGCAUCAUCGUCAACAGCUUCUCAUUCAUUGAACGUGAGUACACUAAACUCUUUGAAUCAUUCUUCCAGAAUGGAACUCGUGCAUGGCUCAUCGGUCCUUUAUCUCUACUUUCUUCACCGACUCUCACCGACGAGGGUGAUUGUCUCCGGUGGCUAAACGACAAGGAAAUGAACUCAGUGGUUUACGUAGCGUUUGGGACGCAAGCACACUUGACGGCGGAGCAGCUAGAGGAGGUGGCAAAUGGGUUGGAGGCGGCGGAGUGUGAGUAUCUAUGGGUGGUGAGAGAUGCUUCAUGGCGGCCGCCGGAGAGGAUCACUACCGGAGAAAGAGGAAAGAUUGUCCGGUGGGCACCGCAACGUGAGGUGCUACAGCAUGAAGCAGUGGGAGGGUUUGUGAGUCACUGUGGAUGGAACUCAGUGUUAGAGAGCAUGGUCGCCGGCGUGCCGGUGCUGACGUGGCCGAUGAUUGCUGAGCAGGCAAUCAAUGAGAUGAUGAUUGUUGAUGAGUUUGGAGCUGGUUUGAGGUUGAGGAAAGUGGGUGCAGAUGGGGUAGUGAAGAAGGAGGAGAUAAAGAAUGGAGUUAGAGAGUUAAUGGUGGGAGAGAAAGGGAAGAGAGUGAGGAAGAAGAUGGAGGAGCUUGGAAGGAUGGCAAUGGAGGCAGUUGAAGAUGGAGGGAGUUCUCAUAAGAGUUUGAGUGAACUGAUUGAAGAGCUCCAGAGAUGCAGGAACAGAGAAGAUGAUGGUUUGGAACUGGAGUCUCUGCAUGAGAAUCAUCAGGAAUGUAUCAAAAUGUCUUGA